AUGUCCAAAAUACUUGCAGUUUUCGGCGCCACUGGUCGACAAGGUGCUUCACUCAUCGAUUAUGUACUCAACGACCCAGAGCUUUCUGCGAAAUACAAGAUUCGUGCUGUCACGCGUGAUGUCACUUCAGAGAAGUCCAAGCAACUCGAGGGCAAGGUUGAAGUUGUUAGAGGCGACGCGCUUGAUCGAACAUCCCUUGAGAAGGCUUUAACUGGCGCACAUACCGUGUUCUCUAUGACCACACCUGCUUUUGGUCCAGACGCCUUGGAAAUCGAAUACAAAGCGGGCAAGACAAUCGCUGACGUUGCCCUUGAAAAAGGGGCUGAGUAUAUCAUCUUCAGCACUCUGCCGUCCCUCAACAAACUCUCGGGUGGUAAAUACACUGCAGUCAAACCCUUUGAUGCAAAAGCAAACAUUGAGGAGUACAUUCGAACUCUGCCCAUCAAGAGUGCUUUCUAUGCGCCCGGUUUCUUCAUGGACAAUUUUCAAUCCCAACCAUUUCUGAAACCACAACUAGAAUCUGAUGGAACCUGGGCUCUGGUCCGUCACAUCUCCCCCAAGACCAAAUUUCCGUUCAUGGAUGCUGUCAAGAACACAGGCAAUUUUGUUGGCGCUAUCCUUGCAGAGCCAGAAAAGUAUGAAGGCAAGACAUUCUGUGCUGCGCAGGCUUUUUACACUUUGGAAGAGCAGGCUGCUAUCAUGUCCAAAACCAGUGGAAAGACUGUCAUCAACAAACGAAUCUCAGCGGAAGAAUUUAAGAACAGCCUUCCUUUUAUGGGCGAGCUUUUCACCGAGGCAUUCACCGCUCUGGAAGAGCUUGGUUAUUGGGGUCCUAAGUCGGAGGAAUUAGUUGCUUGGGCGCUUCAGAAUUCGCGAGGAAAGCUUGCCACGUUGGAAGAGUACUUUGAGGAGAAUCCCCUGGGGCUGGCCUAG